CAUUGUAGCAUCCAAUUCACUUCUCAUUAUCAUUUCAACGUUUUUACUAUAAUAAUCAUGGCAAGGUUUGUGUUGCUGUUAAUGGCCCUUUCUAUGAUCACUGUCCUCCCUUUACUUGCUACAGCAUUGUUCCAUGUCAAAGGUUCUGUUUACUGUGAUACCUGUCGUGCUGGAUUCGAAACCAACGCCACCUUCUAUAUCCAAGGUGCGAAGGUGGGAAUUCAGUGUCACGAUAGGAAGACUAUGGACGAAGUUUUCUACACGGAAGGAGUGACGGAUUCGACAGGAACAUACAAUAUUAUGGUUGAGAAUGAUCACUAUGACCAUAUUUGCAAAUGUGUGCUUGUUAGUAGCCCAAUAAAAUCUUGUAAUACUCCAGAUCCGGGGCGUAACAGAUCUAGCAUUGUUCUUACUCACUACAAAAAUGGUGUUCUCAACCAUCUUCACUAUGCAAAUUCUAUGGGUUACUUGAAGGAUGAGCCAUUGCCUCAAUGCCAUCAACUCCUCAAAUAUUACCUGUCUGAUAUCUGAUUACUAUGAUAUGCUAUGUUUUUUUUAUUUAUGUCUUAUUCACUAAUUACUAUGAUAUGUUUCUUUUACUAUUUGUUAUGGACAUCAUAGGAGGGAUACUAAGUAGUAGUUACUAUUUACAAUUCAGUUUUGCUUGUUUAAGUCAUUACGCCACUUAAUUGUGGUAUAUAUAAACUAUAAUAUAAUGUAUUGUUGUUGAAGUUUUACAAAUUAAUUUAAU